AUGUAUGGGCGACCGAGACAAAACCAGAAACGCGCAAAAGGAUGCUAUAAACGUUGGGUGCUGGAAUACCAACUGUACGCACGUUCACACAAACACACACACAAACACGCAAGGAUGGACGGAUCAACUACAGUGUUCAUACUGGUCUUGGUGUGCAUUUUCGUGUUCACCGUGCAGCGCAGGAAUGCCAAGCAGGCGCCCACGCCCACGCGCACCGUGAAGGACACCGCUCCGACUCCCACGGUCCUUGCCACCGAGGAGUCCUCCUCGCCAGAGCCUCUGCMAGAAGCGCAUGCCGCCCAGCGCGUGAACAGGAAAAGACCCGUCAACAAGGACAUGGUCGAGAUCGUGAUGACCAUGGCCCCGCACGUGCAGCAACAGAAGGUCGUGCAAGACCUCAGGGCCACCGGGUCCAUCGAGCGCACCAUGGAGAACAUCUUCGCCGGUAAACUAGACUAG